GAAGUGAAACUCUCCAGCUUGACUUGUAUUUUCCGCUUCGGUUCCGUCAGUGUCUCCGGGAUGCUGAGCAGGCGGGCGGGGCCGUUAUUCCUUGCAGUGCCCUGAUGUAGCAGGGCGACCAGAAGGGACACAGAAGGAGCAGCGGACGGUUCUCACGGUUCAGUUUGUGAUAUCAUUUUUUUAAUCUUCAGCAUUCUUCAGAUUAAAUAGGAUACAUAUGCAGUCUUAACGUCAAAAGCGUCGGAGCCUUGAUUUUCGGACAUCUUGAUUUUCUCACAUCACUGUAUCGGAGAGCGAAACCGUAUUUUUCUGUCGUGUCAGCCUGAUUGGAAGUAGAGCUAUUUGUCUGUUUUUCUUUUUAGUGGAACUCUAAAUCCCACAGCAUGGCGUGGCCCUGCAUCAGCCGGGCGUGCUGCAUGGCCCGGUUCUGGAACCAGCUGGACAAGGCUGACAUUGCGGUGCCUUUGGUCUUCACCAAGUACACGGACGUGUCGGAAAUGCAGCACAUCCAGCUGCAGCCGUCGCUCCAUCCUCCCCAGGCCCGGGUCGCCAUAGAAACGCAGCCGUCGCGUGCGGAAACCCGCUUGGCGAAAGCGUCGCGCGGGCCGCGCAGGUGCGUCUCGGAGGAGCGCGUGUGCAGCUCGGUGAUGCGCGAGGACUUCAAACACUGGAAAGUGCGGCCCGAGCCCAGCUGUAAACCCAGGAGCGAGUACCACGAGCCGGAGACACCGUUUAACACCGAGACCCAGUACCAGAAGGACUUCAAGCCCUGGCCCAUCCCGAAGAGGUACGACCACCCCUGGAUACCCAAACCCCCACCGAGCGUCGGCGACCACCACCGACCCAGGCACGUGAAAAAGCACGUAGCGCUGGAUGCGGAAUGCGGCGUGGAAAAAGGCGCCAUUGCCGACAAGGUGCAGGAAAAAGACCUGCUGCAGGGGCAGGAGAGGAAAAAGCGGUCCAGUAAGCAGGAGGGGCCGAAAAAGGUGGUCCUGAAGGUGGAGGCAGAAGGCAGGGGGAGGGCGGCGGUGGAUGCCCUGAACCGACAGAUCAAGGAGGAGAUUUCAGCUGGCACCUCCUAUAAAACCGAGUUCAAGGCGUACAAAGACGUGAAGCCAGUAAAGAUGAUUCGGGCAAAGUCUCAGUACCUGCCUCCAGAUGAAAAGACGAGCUUAGAGACCAGCUACAGCGCCAACUUUAAGGCACUAGCUCCACUGCAGCCCACUGACAACAAGGCCCAGGAGAGGAGGAGGAUACGCAGUUUGUACAGUGAGCCUUACAUCGACCCCAGCAAACAGGUUGACAGGUAUAGUGUCCCACGCUCUAAACCUAAAAAGUCUGGAGCCGCAGCAGCAGGCCAGGGUAAACCGGUGAGGAAAGCCAAAGAUAAGCAGAGCGCCGCGCUGAAGGGCUCCAAGAAGACGACCUCGGAGAACCAGCCCGAGAACCGGCCGGCGGUCGGGGACAAGGAGAAAAAUCGCUAUAGUAACGAGUGGGCGGAAGCAUCCUCUUUCCUGUCUCCGCCAUUUGAUGCCACCCACCUCCCCCCACUCCACUCGCCUCCAUCUCCAGGUUGCCAUGGCUACUUGGCUGCCCGGCCAACCAAUGGAUGACUUUUGUUGCAUGGGCCCAUUUACAAGCACGUCUGAAGGGUUGGCUUUGAUCAGCUGAGCAGAUUGCUUUGUAGAGUUUAUCAAGGAUUUAUCUUUUUUUUUUUCUUUUUGUUUUUUUGAGGGAGGAGGGCUUGAAGAAAAAAUGACUCGUAUUGGCUCUUUUGAAAAAUCUUUUUUUCUCUCUUUUUUUUUAUGAAGAUGCAAACUGGAAAAUCUUUGAUAAAUGUCCAGCUUGGUUAUUCAUGAUGUGUGCGUGUGAUCCACAGCUUGUUCUGUACUCGCUCUGUUUGCCUUUCUAUCACUGUCUCUAAAAGCGUGUUUGGCAAAAUCACCAUCUCUGCUUUGGUAAAUGUGAACUCUGAUAAAAAAAAAAUUUUAAAUGUCAUUUUCUGAUAGAAAAUGUCUUUAAUUCAUCUGCAGAUUCUGUUCUCCCAUUCAUCAUCUGCUCCUUUCAUGUAAGCCUCAUUCAUACCGCAGUACUUUGGGACACCCAGUUUGUUCUGAAAGCAACGUUUAGGUUACAUUAAACCGAUUAUGCAUUAAGGCCCAGUCUGUCAGAGAACAGAGGAGGAUUCCCUAUGAAUUACAUAAUGCUGUAAUGCAGACAUAACCCUUUUAAACCACAGUACUAUCAUUUCUCAUAAUAAGGGUUAGGGAGGGAGGCACUCAGAGGAACUGGGAACUGUUCAUGUUUGUUUCCUGUGUGUCUGUCACACAACGCUCGCAGCUUUCAGCCUGACUGCUCAUAACUCAGUGGAAUCACCUCCGACACUCCCUUUAUUAGCAAGGCUCCUCCGUCUGAGAGGCCACAGUUAUGUGACUGUGUUAAUGCAGAGACACACACCUCCCAAUUCGGCCUUUUUUGUUAUGCACUGAUGUUAUUUCACUGGCUUGGGACGACAAGAAACAGAUCAUAAUUCAGCUUUUAAAUUAUUCAUACACAGGUACACAGUGACAGAGAUGUCAAUGUUCAAUCUACUUCAGAUAUUAGGGAUAGAAAGUUGUUGUUUUGUUGGUUUUAAAUGCUAACUAUGAAAACAAACACUGCUAGUAAAAAAAAACAAAACAGACAUAUACUUGGACUUUCUACACCUCAGCAUUUUUUUAAACUUUGUCCUUACAGCUCUGUUCAUAAUAGUCAGUGAAGAAAGUCAGAUUUAUUUUCCAAACCAUUUAUUCUGGUGUGACUCUGUGAAACUAAUGGUGGGACUCGAUUAAAGUUUCUAAUUGAGUUAAUUGCAGGGUCUGUAAUUAAUUAACCGCAAUUAUCCCCUUUUUAAUCAAAACCUAAAUAUCAAGAAAGCAAGCAACAUUGUUAAUUAAAUAAUUUAAAAAUAUAUAUUUUCUGAAUAAAUAGAGGUCAACAACAAAGAUAUUUAUUGUUUUUAAUUUAUUGCUUGUGCGUCAGAUUUACUGGCAUGCCAGAAACCCAUGAAUCCAAAGGUACUUGGCAGAAUUCUUGUACGUAAAAUUUGAUUAUUGGCGUUAAAAGUAUUUAAUGCAUUGAAAUCAAUACCGUUAACUAACUAAAGUAACAGGUUAAAGUCCCAGUGCUAAUCAAAACUGCUACUAAUUUUGCUAAUGUUAAAAUGCGUUAUUUAAAAAAAAAUUGUUCAGCAGCUGGACUUAAAGUUAGCAUUAGAGAUGCUGGUGAGCGCAAUCAGAUAGUGUUUAACAGUGACAGGUCCAAUCUACUUCUGUUUAAUAAGCACACUAUGCUAAAUGCUAGCAGGUCACAUAGACAACAACAAUGUUUGGUUUGGUAACUCUGUUACUGAGUAAAAAAAAAAACUAGGCUGGCUAUUUCCAGUUACACUGGUGUGUUAAAAAUGACAUUAGGGAAGAACUGAGAUGUGUCAAGUUUUGAAAAGAAAGCAGUAAUUUUAUGACAUGUCAUCUAGACUGAAAGAUCAAGAGUUUCAGCAGAUAACAGGAAGGCUUAUUGGAGCUGUUUUAUCCUCCUGAGCUUCUGUCUUCUGUUUUUGAUGGAAAAUGCUGGAUUUGGAAAUGGCAGCCUUUCAGAAAUCUUCAGACAACCAUCCACAUCCUGUAGAAUAUAAUGCAGCUUUAGCUAUGCUAGCCUCACGCUCUGUGGCGAUUGCUAAAGACAGAAUAAAUUGUAAAACCUACAAUCAUUUUGACCUUGUUUUUAGCUAAUAGUAAAACCCUGAUGUAUGGGAACUGCUCUUUCACACAGCAGCGUUUCUCCUGGUGUAAAUAAUUAACGACUGCCCACAGCUAGAGGGCUAGAAAAAUACAUAAUAAUGGUAUUCUUUUAUUUUCUUCUAGUGUAUUUUUAAAAUAAAAUCAGUCUCAGCACAUCAAAGAUCUAGAAAAACAGAAGGUUGAACAUUUAUGGAAGCCUAUUUCUGCCACAAAAGGAAAAAUAAAAACCCAUAAAUAUGGAUGUAAAUUUGUUUUUCACUGAAAGUAGAAAUGACCUUCAAAGUCAGAAUUAACUUUCUAUCUCAUUAUAAGAUUAUAACUAAAACUUUCAUUUUCACGAUUUUGACUUUGAAAUAGAAAUUAUGACUUCCUACCUAAUAAUUAGGACUUUUAUCCUUGAAAGUAUGACUUUAAAUCUCAUAGUUAUGACUUCCUGUUGGACUUGUAUUUUUUCAUUCGUGGCAGAAAUAGGCUUCCAUAAACAUUUGUCCAAAGAACUGAUCGGUGUAAAACUUUAUCGGUGUUAGGAUACAUGUUGUAGCCUGACACUCAAAUUAGCAAAGUAAUUUCUUUAUUUUAACAGAGUUAUCAUUUCUAUACCUGUUCUUAUUCGUGGUACAAUCACAAAUUAUGUCUUCUUGCAAUUUUGUUGCCAGCUGGUAAAAUAAAUUAUAGAUGUCUUGAUAUUGGAUGGAUGCUUCUAAGGUCAGACUGUAAAAAAACUCAAACAAUCCCGGUCGUCUUGGUCAGGAUACAACACUGCAUCCCGUUCUUGGGUCCAUCAGAGCUGUAAAGCCUCGGUCUCUGUGUCACGCUGCCACCGCUUUGUCUGCAGCUCAACAUCCCCUUCAUUCAGAAUGACUGAAAGUUGUGACUCCUCGCUCCGUCUUCUCAGCAACCAUCACCACCGCACACAUUCAAGCUGAACACCAACCCCAUCUGGGACAUGGGCCCGACUCAUUAGCAUUUUGCAGCCUUUGAUUGGUGUUUGGGGAGGGUGAAUGGGUGAGGAUACAGGGAGGCGGGGGCACCUUGUCUUGUAAAUGUAAAUUAUUACACCACACACUCGGUGCUAUCUAUAUGUAUUUAUUAGACAAAAAUAAGGAUAGAAAGUAUGCUAAAGAAAGCUAUGUCUUGGACAAAAAAAAAAAAACUGUGACGUGCUUGUGUUUUAUCUGCUUGGUCUUACUUAAUGAAACAUUCUAAAUAAAUGCAAAAAAAAAAAAGGCAGAAAA